AUGUCUCCACCUGCAAUUGCUGUUGCUGGAGCUGGCUCGGCGACCAAGGAUGUCAAGAGAGAGUCUGGCGUUGCUCGUCUGUUGGGAUCAGGAUCCGCUGGUAUUGCGGAACUGCUCAUCUUCCAUCCGGUCGAUACAACUGCCAAACGUCUCAUGAGCAACCAGGGAAAGAUCGCCAACGUUUCCGAGUUGAACAAAGUCGUUUUUAGAGACCAUUCCUCUGCCGGCAUUGCACGGAAAUUCACAUCUCUCUUCCCCGGCCUUGGUUACGCUGCUGGAUACAAGGUCUUGCAAAGAAUAUACAAAUAUGGCGGUCAGCCAUUCGUACGCGACUACCUAGGCGCGAAUUACGGGAAGGAGUUUGAUAAUGCCUUCGGCAAAGGAACUGGCAAAGCCAUUAUGCACGCAACCGCUGGAAGUUUGAUCGGUAUCGGAGAAAUCGUCCUCCUCCCACUUGACGUCCUUAAGAUCAAGCGACAAACCAACCCAGACGCCUUCCGUGGCCGAGGUCUAUUCAAGAUCAUUGCCGAUGAAGGAAUGGGUCUAUACCGUGGUGCUGGCUGGACUGCUGCCCGUAACGCACCUGGUUCCUUCGCCCUUUUCGGUGGUUCUGCAUUCACCAAAGAAAAAGUUUUCGGCCUCACGGACUACAACUCCGCAUCCUGGUUCCAGAACUUCAUUGCCUCGAUCGCCGGUGCUAGCGCAUCGCUCAUAGUUUCCGCUCCUCUCGACGUGAUCAAGACCCGUAUCCAGAACCGAAACUUCGAGAACCCCGAGUCUGGAUUCCGUAUCGUCAGCAGCAUGGUCAAGAACGAGGGUAUGACCUCUUUCUUCAAGGGUCUGACCCCCAAGCUCCUGAUGACCGGUCCUAAGCUAGUGUUCAGCUUCUGGCUGGCACAGACGCUUAUACCCGCCUUUGGAAAGGUAGUUUAA